CCUCUUUCACUGAGUGGAAGCAACAGGACGGAAUGGAGCAACAGUGAUCUGCAUCAACCAAACUACAAGGGCAUCAAAGUAACAGAAUGGAAGAGGAGCCUGCAGGUUUUGUCCUGGCCGACUAUGCAGUCUUUGCUGUCAUGUUGUUGGUCUCCAUGGCCAUUGGACUCUUCCAGGCCCUGAAGAAGAGACCAGGGGACGCCACUGCUGAUGACUUCUUUACAGGGGGUCGGAGCAUGCCGGCAGUGCCCGUUGGACUGUCGCUCUGUGCCAGUUUUAUGUCGGCAGUCCAGGUUCUGGGUGUUCCCUCCGAGGCCUCUCGCUAUGGCUUUAAAUUCCUCUACAUGUGCCUCGGACAAAGCAUCAACUCCCUGCUGACAGCUUUCCUCUUCCUGCCAGUUUUCUUUCGACUGGGCAUCACCAGCACCAAUCAGUAUCUGAAGAUGAGAUUUGGCAGAGGGAUGCAGCUGCUGGGGAGUGUCCAAUUUGUGGUGGCAACGCUGCUAUAUACAGGGAUUGUCAUCUAUGCACCUGCCUUGAUCCUUAACCAAGCAACUGGUCUCAACAUGUGGGUGUCUCUGUUUUCUACUGGGAUCAUUUGUACCCUGUACACCACACUGGGUGGCAUGGAAGCUGUGAUCUGGACUGAUGUGUUCCAGAUCAUUGUCAUGUUUGCGGGCUUUGUUGCCAUUUACAUCUAUGGCACAGUUCUUGUUGGUGGCCCUGCAGUGGUCCUGGAGAUCGCCAAAAACGGAUCACGUAUUAAUUUUGAUGAUUUUAGCGUUGACCCACGGCAGCGCUAUACUUUCUGGAGCCUGACUGUUGGGGGUGCAUUGGUGUGGCUGUCAAUGUACGGGGUAAACCAAGCUCAAGUCCAGCGCUACAUCUCCUGCAGAACAGAAAGAGAUGCGCAGUGGGCGCUGUUUGUGAAUCAAGUGGGUCUGUGCCUCAUUGUGAGCAGUGCAGUGACCUGUGGCAUCGUCAUGUUUGCUUAUUACAUCAGCUGUGAUCCGCUGAAGUCUGGGAGGAUUUCUGCCCCAGAUCUGUACAUGCCAUACUUCGUGUUGGACAUAUUCAAAAACCACCCUGGAUUUCCUGGUCUUUUCCUUGCCUGUGCAUACAGCGGGACUCUGAGUACGGCCUCCACAAGUAUCAAUGCAAUGGCUGCAGUAACCAUGGAGGAUCUGCUGCGACCUCACCUGCGGCACUUGACCCAGAAGAAACUGAUCCUCAUUUCCAAAGGACUGUCAUUCCUUUAUGGAGUCGGCUGUAUCACCGUAGCUGCUUUGUCCUCCUUCCUGGACUGGGGUGUUCUUCAGGGAUCGUUCACAGUCAUGGGUGUGGUCAGCGGUCCAUUACUGGGCGUAUUCAUUUUGGGGAUAUUUGUCCCAGCAGCAAACAGGCUGGGGGCGUUCGCGGGAAUAUCAGUGGGCUUCUGUGUCUCUCUCUGGCUGGCUGUUGGUUCAACUCUUUACCCACCCAGUGAGGAGAUCAUGGGUGUCCUGCCCAGCUACGCAGGCGAGUGUGGAGCCAGCAACGUCACCCUGAACAGCACCCACCACCAGGACCAACACUCCAUCUCCACCCGGCUUCACUCUUAUGACCAGGGGGGCCUGCUUAACUUCUACUACAUGUCCUACCUCUACUUCGGUGCCAUGGCGACUAGUUCGGUCGUGCUUGUUGGGCUGAUAGUGAGCUACGCAACAGGACCAACAAAGAGGAGUCAGAUCAAAGAGGGUUUGUUAUGGUGGGAUCUGAAGAAAAAGCACGUGGAUGCCCCAUCAGAGCGCAGAACUGGAACAAUGUCCAGGAUGUGUCCCUGCCUUCUUCACAAUACAUGCGGGGAUAUGCUGAAGCUACCUGUGAGCCUACAUAGCAAUAAAAAAAAGAAUCUUGGAGACAAGGCGACACAUAAUCCACAGCUUGUGCCUUUGACGGAUCUGCAGAAAGAAGACACAAAUGAAAAAGAAGGACCAGCAGAUGUUGUGAAUAUUAAAUCACAGCUCAGAGUUUAAGAAUUGGAAACGUAACUUUUUUAUACUGUACCAAUAAGCACUAAUGGCUGUGGCAUUUCCUCUCUAUGGGCAGUGAGAAUGUUUCAUAUUUGUGUAUUUUUCUUUGUUUGGAGAUAUGUGAAAAUGUGUUUGGAUAAUGAAGGGAUUUAUUGUUGUGCCAGUAAAUGUAUAGCCUGUAAUCAAAUACCCUCAGGUGUUAUUUGAAUUCCUUUAAUGUUGAAAGGCUCUGUCGUCAGGUCAUUAAUUCUGGUAUGUCCCAUAUCUGUAGCAAUGCACACCUGCACUUCGACCAGUGUUAGAGGACUUCUGACAGGCGGCCUGAGGUUAACUGUGUGUGUGUGUGCAGUAAUGGUAAUUCAGCUCGUUUCAUUUUCAAGUUUAUGUUUAUACAUUAUGUUACCCACAGCACCUGGCCAGCUAAGGAAGAGUCUUUUUUUAGUUUUAUUUUUUAUACAGAAAGUGAUAUGACUCUCUCAGUAGUUUCAUGUACAACUCCUAUAAAUAGAAGAUCUCCUUAUGUGUUUUUACAUAAAUAUGAGCCGCAGAAAACACUGUAAAGCUAUCGGAACCAUUUUCAGCCACAAUAGAUAUUUAAAAAAAAAGAGUUCAUAGAUCAUUACUCAUCCAGUCUACACACAGCCAUCAUUUUCUUUAGCCUCUUUCACACAAAGUUAAUGGUAAAUUAUUGGGAUAAUCCUUUACGCAACACUAUUUUUAACAUUCACACAUGCACUGCAUUUAGCUUUUCACACAUCUCAUGGCAAUGCUGGAAUAAAUGAUGCAAGGGACACUCAUUUAAUGGAUGCCGGCUGACAAAACAGGAAGAGAAGACGGGCAAGGCUGGAUGUACUUUGUAUACACUUAUUAUUAUGCUUAUUAAUUCCUUAUAAUUGUCUGGAACAUGGCAGGUGAGGAGCUGUUUUUAUCUGGUACCAAUGUUCUUGUAGUGUAUUUAAUAUUCAACAAGUUUGGAUACAAGUAAUGGGAACAAAUCUUGGAUUUUUAAUCAUCAGCUGAGUGUUGUGAUUGGUUUGAUUGCUCCUCAUGAAUGCAUUUUUGGUCUAACAGACGUCACCUUUUACAUGCUUGUCCCUGCAGUGUUACUGAUGAAAUGGAUGUGACGUCCUCUGUUGGGAAUAGUUUGUUGAAAUUACUUUGUGGAUAAAAGAUGUUUCCUUUAGCUUGAUUCCAGUUGCUACUGUUCACUGUCUGGCAAGCUACUGCUUAGCUCCAGCAUCAGUGGAAGAACAUUAAAGCAUCACAGUUUUCCUCCUACAAAUAAAAAGGAUUCAUAAGCAAUAAAAUACACUGUGCUAUCUUCAAUAAACUAACCUGACUUUAUGGCUCUUCUCCACUUGAGCUACCGUUUUGCAAUGAUUUAGCACUUAUCCCGUAUUUUCUGCUUGUUGCCACAGUCGUCUCUGUUCAGAAAAAGUCACACAGGUCGGCUUUAACUAAUGCACAUUCCUCAGCACAAUGCCAGUGGUAUUAGAAGUU